AUGGUUGGUCAUAAGCGCGGCUUGGACGAUAAAUCUUCGUUCCAGAAAUCUAAGAAGAAGAAAUUUUCAGAAGGCGCUCUCCAAGGAAAGCAGGCAACCCAGAAAGCAGUUGAAUUUCCUCGUGGUGGUGGUACAAGUUUCACUCCUCUCGAGGUGAAAGCUAUACGAGCUGAAGGAGUUGAUGAAGCUAAUGUCAAGCUCAUUUCGGUCAAUUUUCUUAUUCGGCACAUACUGAAGAAUAAUGUCGAUUCGAUCAAGAAUCCAACGCUAAAAGAAUGUCUAAACUACAAACGAAUCGUCCCUGGCAUGAAAAUUUUUGGUCAGAUUAUGUUCAUACAUCCUUUGGCCCUGAUCGUAUCUUUACCGAAUCGGAUUGUGGCACACGUUCCUGUAACGCAAGUCACCUCACAGCUCACAGAGCGAUUAGAAUCUACUCCUGCGAACACAGUUCAGCCGGGCGAGUACUCUCACAUUGAAAAUGGCUGGAAUUCCAGUUUUCAUAUUCCUGAACUGGCCCACCUUUUCUACCCGGGGCAAUACGUCAGGGCUAUUGUCAUUGCUACUCACGCGGCGGGGUCCGCUGAUGUAUGCGGAUUAGGGAAAGUCAGAAACGACGCCAUCAGAGCCAGCCGACGAAUUGAGCUCAGUCUCAUCCCCGAAAGAGUCAAUGCUGGGGUUCAGAAGUCUGACCUUACCACAGGAUUUACUAUGUCCGCAGCGCUCAGAAGUGUUGAGGAUCAUGGGUAUAUCUUUGACUUAGGCAUAUCUGAUACUUCUGGUUUUCUAUCAUUUAAAGACUACCGUAAAGCCCAUGUUAACACGAAUCAUUUCGUAGUUGGCUCCUUGGUAGAGGUUUGUGUCACUGAGAUGUCCACUGAUGGCCGGAAUUGCACACUAUCGGUCGACCCAGAAUUAUUGGCGUCUGCUUCGCUUUCAGAAGUAACUCAUGUUUCGUCAAUCCUUCCGGGAUCAAUGGUGCAAUCGCUCAUCAUAUCUGCAAAGCCCGCUGGUUUAAACCUCAAGCUACUUCACUUUUUUAAUGGAGUAGUCAACGAGUUCCACUUACCUGCGGGUGAAAUGGAAGAAUAUAAAGUUGGAAGGAAAGUGAAAGCUAGAGUGCUUUAUAGCGUCCACUCGAGCCCUUAUCCGACAUUUGCCGUGAGCCUUGCGGACCACAUAAUAGGAUUGAAAAAGAAAGAGGAGGUCGAAAGUUAUCCGAUAGGCACGGUAUUAGAAGCAGUCAGAGUGAAUAAGCUGGAAGGGGAACAAGGACUCAUAGUAGAAGUGCAGCCGGGAGUAGAGGGAUUCGUGCAUAUCUCUCAAAUAUCUGAUGAUCACGUCCUAUCGCUUUCAGCUACUGGACCCUGGAAAUUAAAUACUAUCCACAGAGGUCGCGUAACAGGUCUUCACCCCUUGGACGGUAUACUGCAGCUUUCAUUGCGCCGAUCGGUCCUGGAGCAGAAGUUCUUGGAAGCUGGUGAAAUCCUUGUCGGCGAAGUUCUUAGAGGAACGAUAAAGCAAAUGACCAAGUCCGCGUUAUUCAUAUCUAUAUCGGCUAACGUCGACGGGGUAGUCUGGCCUAACCAUUACGCAGAUAUAGCGAUUAAGCAUCCGACACUGAGAUUCAAACUAGGAGUCAGUAUCAAAUGCCGUGUACUCACUAUUGACUCUGAACAGCGGCGUAUAGUGCUUACUGCGAAAAAGACCCUCGUUGAAUCUACGCUGCCUAUUCUAUCUUCUUAUGAUGACGACAAUAUUGGUUUGGUGACGGACGCUGCUGUGUCCAAAAUCUUAGAUAAGGCCAUACAAGUCGAAUUUUAUAACAACGUGAAGGCCAUAAUACCUCUUCAGGAGGUUGGUCAAGUUACAGGAAAACUGGCCGAUGAAUUUUCGGUAGGUAAGGUUGUUAAAGUCCGCAUCAUUUCGAUCGACGCAAAGAAUCAACGUAUGGUGGCCAGUAUACGCCAAGUAACAUUGAAUGUUCAGUCUGUGGCAGCGACAAUCACUGGAGUUGAAAUUGGCAGUACUGUUGAAGGCAUCGUUACUGAAAUACAUACAAGGAACAUAGCCCUCUCACUGCAGCCCACUCAGGCGCCAGCUCUCAUCUCCUUGAGAAAUUUGGCAAAUCAUUAUGGCACAACAUCGGCUAAGCUCGAGAUGUCCUUGAAAGUUGGUGAUCGGGUUGAUCGGCUGGUUGUUGUUUCGCGGAAUUUGGAAAAGGAUUUUGUUCUUGUAGUUGGUAAUUUGAGGGGGAGGGCGGUGAUCAAGAAGGGCGCAGUAUCAAUGGACACGAUUGAGAUAGGACAGGUUGUUGGGGGAAGAGUGACUCGCCAUUGUCACAGUGGUGCGCACGUCAAAAUUUCGACACGGAUUAGUGGCUCUCUGCAUCCCACGGAUGUUUCUGACAAUUACGACGCUGGCAUCUCUUUUCUUCCGGUUGACUCUAUCUUGAAGGCGGUGGUCAUCGGCAUUGAUAAGUCCAAUAACCAUGCUACGCUAUCUACUCGCCCAUCGAGAUUUUUACCAGUGAAGACCGGACUUGUGACUGACCGGGAAAUCAAGGCAUUCGCAGAACUUAAAACCGGAGAUACAGUGAGGGGUUUCGUCAAGAGUGUUUCAGAGCAUGGUUUGUUUGUGAUGCUCGGACGUGGGAUUGACGCACGCGUGCAGAUCAAGGAACUUUUCAAUACGUUUGUCAAAGAUUGGAAAAGCCGGUUUACGGCGAAUCAAGUAGUUAAAGGCAGCAUUCUGAGCGUGGAUGUUCUGACCAAAAAAGUAGAGAUGACAUUUCGGUCAAGGGAUUUGACGAGAGAUGGAACGGACUCGUUCACUUUUGCUGAUCUACAUCAAGGGCAGAAGGUCACGGGCCGUGUCAAGCGAAUCGAAUUGUAUGGUCUUUUCAUUGAGAUUGAUGGAUCAACGCUCAGUGGACUAUGCCACAAGUCUGAGUUAUCAGAUAACAAAGAUGCUGAUGUUACAGUAUCUCUUGGUAAUUUCCGAGAAGGGGAUCCAGUAAAGGCCCUUAUUCUAUCAAUCGACCAAGAAAAUCGACGAAUAUCAUUCGGCUUGAAGCCUUCUUAUUUUGUUGGUGACGACCAUGAAGCUGACAUGGAUAUAGUUCUUCAAGAUCGUGGGGAAGGCACUAUGAGCGUCGUAUGUGAUAACGGGGAGUUGUUGGCCAUUCGCGAAGUUGUCGAUAGUGAUCACAGUUCUCGGAAAGACGUCAGCAGCGGAGAGCAACAAAAUGAUGGCGAAGACAUGCUUGCUGAUAUCGCUACUCCCUUGACCCAGCUUUAUACAGCUUCGCUACUCCAAAAUUCUGCACACCUGUUGAAUCUGGAAGCAUUCCAAUGGUUUGACCUUGGAACGUUGUCAGAAUCUUCCUCUAAAAGUAGCGAAGACGGUGAUCUUGGGCAGAACAAGAAGACAUUUCGCAAGGGAGUAAAAGACGGCGACUUGACAGCAGACAUACACUUCCAACCCCCCGAGGCCAUCGCAGAUUUCGAGAAGCUGUUAUUGGGUUCGCCGAAUUCGUCAUUUCUAUGGAUACGUUAUAUUUCCUUUCAAUUACAAUUAUCAGAAUUGGACAGAGCGCGGGAACUGGGGCGACGGGCUAUCCAAACAAUCAAUUUCCGUGAAGAACAGGAGAAGUUAAACGUGUGGAUUGCAAUGUUGAACUUGGAAAACACAUAUGGCACAAACGAUACGCUGGAAACCACUUUUAAAGAUGCCUUGCGCUACAAUGAUGCCAAAACUCUUCAUCUCCGCCUGGCAGCCAUUUUUGAACAAAGCGAGAAACAUGAGAAAGCUGAAGAGCAGUACAUACGAGCCUGCAGGAAAUUUAGUCACAGUUCCAAAGUAUGGACCCUUUUUGCCGAGUACUAUCUACGUUGCGGCAAGUUAGAACAGGCUCGCAGAUUACUUUCUGCAAGUUUACAUAGUUUGGAGAUAAAUAAACACUUGAAAACAAUAUCCAGAUUUGCUCAGAUGGAAUAUAAGCUCGGAGAUCCUGAACGGGGGAAAACAAUCUUUGAAGGCGCGGUUGACUCGCAUCCAAAGCGAUGGGAUUUAUGGUCAGUAUAUAUUGACAUGGAAGCAGGUCAGUGUGCUAUGCAAAAUUUGCGUGACAUUUUCAACCGAGUUUUUGCAAUCAAUAUGACGGGUCACAAUGCAAAGUACUUUUUCAAGAAGUGGCUAGAUCUUGAGCAAAAGUUCGGUCAUGGGGAAGGUGCUAUAGCCGUCAAGGUAAAGGCUAUGGAAUGGGUUCAAAAAGUUACAAACAUCAACUCAUAGUAAAUUAACAAAUGUAGUAUUACAGUUAUUUACCGACACUUGAACCACCAAGUUUUUGAUUGCUUCUGUAUUCACAACAACAACAUUUUAUUAAGAUCAGCUGGUAGGAUGACUUCAGUAUAUACUCGAGCAUAUAGUAUAAAGGAAAUAAAAUAAAACUUGAAUG